GGAGGAACGAUGGCUGCCAGGACGCGAGACGUUCGGCGAUUUAGGCGAGGAUGUGUGAGGAUCUGCACCAGCGAGUCCAUUCGGCUGUUUCAGCCACCAUUCCACGUAAUGGCAGACUCUCGGUAGAGCUCCUUCUCUGCGCUGCCAUAAGUGUGUUCGUGUUGCAGCAGGCAGUGUCGUGGGGGUGUCGUUGGACCUUCGCUUUCGUCUUUGCCCAGGCCAUCGCAUCCCUCCAUGCAGGAAUUGAAGUUCUCCUGAACCCAAUACCACUUUCGUGCUCGAGCAGCGCUAUGUAGGGUUGUACACCCUCCGACGCUUAAAGAAAUCCCUUGCCGUCACGAUGGGAGCGUUCGUGGACUUUGCUUUCAUUUUUCGCUUUCGCGAACAUUGAACCUAAACCCGCCAAUGCCGCUGGAGUUCUUUUCGGGCGCUGCGAUCAGAUCGCACUG